AUGCUGCGCUGCGUCCCGCCGCUCUGGCGCUGCAACCGGCACGUGGAGGCGCUGGACCGGCGGCACUGCUCGCUGCAGGCCGUGCCCGAGGAGAUCUACCGCUACAGCCGCUCGCUGGAGGAGCUGCUGCUGGACGCCAACCAGCUCCGCGAGCUGCCCAAGCCUUUCUUUAGGCUUUUGAACCUCCGUAAGCUGGGCCUGAGUGACAAUGAGAUCCAGAGACUUCCCCCCGAGGUGGCCAACUUCAUGCAGCUGGUGGAACUGGACAUCUCCCGCAAUGACAUUCCAGAAAUUCCGGAAAGCAUCAAAUUCUGCAAAUCCUUGGAGAUCGCGGACUUCAGUGGGAAUCCCCUUUCCAGGCUUCCUGAGGGUUUCACGCAGCUGCGCAGCCUGGGCCACUUGGCCCUGAACGAUGUUUCCCUUCAGAGCCUCCCCAACGACAUCGGGAAUCUGGCAAACCUGGUGACUUUGGAGCUACGGGAGAACUUGCUGAAGACUCUACCAACUUCACUCUCAUUCCUUGUCAAGUUAGAGCAGUUGGAUCUUGGUGGCAAUGACCUGGAAGUCCUGCCGGAUACCCUGGGAGCGCUGCCAAACCUGCGUGAGCUGUGGUUGGACCGCAACCAGCUCUCUGCUCUGCCUCCAGAGCUGGGCAAUCUCCGCCGUUUGGUCUGCCUGGAUGUGUCGGAGAACAAGCUGGAACAGCUGCCCAACGAGGUCAGUGGGCUGGUAGCACUGACGGACCUGCUGCUGUCACAGAACCUGCUGGAGUGCAUUCCAGAUGGGAUCGGUCAGCUGAAGCAGCUCUCCAUCCUCAAGGUGGACCAGAAUCGGCUGACAGAGGUGACGGAGUCAAUUGGGGACUGUGAAAACCUAUCAGAACUCAUCCUGACAGAGAACAUGCUGACAGCCUUACCCAAAUCCCUUGGGAAGCUAACCAAGCUGACAAACCUGAACGUGGAUCGGAACCGUUUGACGUCCCUUCCGGCUGAGAUCGGGGGCUGUGCCAACCUGAACGUCCUGUCUCUGCGAGACAACCGCCUGGCCCUGCUGCCAGCAGAGCUCGCCAACACCACCGAGCUGCACGUCCUGGACGUGGCAGGAAACAGGCUCCAGAAUUUGCCCUUUGCUUUGACAAAUCUUAACCUGAAAGCCUUGUGGCUGGCAGAAAACCAAUCCCAGCCUAUGCUGAAAUUCCAGACAGAGGAUGAUGAAAAGACGGGAGAAAAAGUUCUCACGUGCUACCUGCUUCCCCAGCAGCCCUCUCCUAGCCUAGAGAACCUUCUGCAGAACAGCGUGGAUGAGAGCUGGACGGAUACGAACUUAAACAGAGUCAGUGUGAUUCAGUUCCUGGAUGACCCCAAAGGAGACGACGAGGAUGAAUCUGGAGCUGAGAGGCGGGGCUUGCAGCGCAGAGCAACCCCUCAUCCCAGUGAACUGAAGGUGAUGAAGAAGGUGAUUGAAGUUCGGCGCAGUGAGGUCUGUGCUGCAAAACCUGGCACAGACCUGAAUUCAUCCAGCUCAGAAGAAAAGAGACUGAGUGCCACCUCCAACCGCAGCGAGGACUCCCAUCUGUCCAACAGCACCGUCUCUGCUGACUGCAGGGCAGAGGAGCAGGGAGAGGAGAGGCAGAGGAGCCGGCCGAAUGGGCAGGUGCUGGAGAUGCAGGAGCUGGAGAAGGAGGCCAAGCCAAGAGCUGAAGAAGAGCAUAAGGAAGCGGUUGUCCAGGAGGAUGAAGAUGUGGAAGUGGAAUACAAUGAGCCCACUGUACACUUUGCUGAGGACACACUGAUAAGGAGUGAGGAUGAAGAUGAAGAUGAAGAGCGGCCGUUCCCAGUGGAGAAACAGAGGCUCAUCCGCAAGGAUACGCCCCAUUAUAAGAAACACUUCAAGAUAACUAAGCUGCCCAAACCAGAGGCAGUGGUAGCACUCCUGCAGGGGCUGAACACUGAUGGAGUCCCCAAAGAAGAGGAGGAACUGGGCGGCUGCAACAACAGCGCGGAGCCUGAGGAUGAGGAGGAAGCGUGGGAUGAGGAUGACAGGAAGAACGGAUCUUUAUCUGCUCAGCCAUCAGUGAAGGGGGUGUCGUUUGAUCAAGCCAAUAAUCUGCUGAUUGAACCUGCUCGCAUUGAGGAGGAAGAGCUGACACUGACUAUCGUGCGGCAGACAGGGGGGCUGGGCAUCAGCAUCGCAGGGGGCAAGGGCUCCACCCCCUAUAAGGGUGAUGACGAGGGCAUCUUUAUUUCCCGUGUCUCAGAGGAGGGACCUGCAGCUCGUGCAGGGGUUCGUGUUGGGGACAAGCUUCUGGAGGUGAACGGAGUGUCCCUGCACUGCGCGGAGCACCACGUGGCGGUGGAAGCGCUGCGUGGCUCGGGGAGCUCCGUGUCCAUGACGGUCCUGAGGGAGCGGAUGGUGGAACCGGAGAACGCCAUCACCGUCACCCCGCUGCGCCCUGAGGACGACUACAGCCCUCGAGAGAGGAGGGGUGGCCUCCGCUUCCCUGAGCGACCCGAGGGAGCACCUCCAACGGAGAGAUACUCCACCUGCUUGAUGCGCAACGAGAAGGGUCUGGGCUUCAGCAUCGCUGGUGGCAAAGGCUCCACGCCGUACCGGGCUGGUGACACGGGGAUUUUCAUCUCACGGAUUGCAGAGGGAGGUGCAGCCCAUCGGGACGGGAUCCUGCACGUAGGAGACCGGGUCAUCUCGAUCAAUGGGGUAGACAUGACAGAAGCCAGGCAUGAUCAGGCCGUAGCGCUGCUUACCGCAUCCUCCCCCACCAUCGUCCUGCUGGUAGAGAGAGAGGCUGCAGAGCAGCCCGGCGAGGGAGACGCGCCUGGCGCGCCGUGGGUGCGCAUGCACUCCCCACCGCCACCCCCCAGCCAUGGGGAGAGCCCAGCAGAGGAGAUGCCUUCGCUGCAGAGGAGCCAGCUCUCUAAAGGCCUGGAGGAUCAGUAUCCCAUCGAGGAAAUUCACCUCGUAAAAGCAGGUGGUCCUCUGGGGCUCAGCAUCGUGGGAGGCAGCGACCAUUCGAGCCACCCGUUUGGGAUUCAUGAACCAGGGGUUUUCAUUUCAAAGGUCAUUCCCCGCGGGCUGGCGUCUCGCAGUGGGCUGCGGGUAGGGGACAGGAUCCUGGAGGUGAACAGCAUUGACCUGCGCCAUGCCACGCACCAGGAGGCCGUGAACGCUCUGCUCUCCAACACCCAGGAGCUGAGCGUGGUAGUAAGGCGAGAUCCACCACCGCCUGGCAUGCAGGAAAUAUGCAUUGAAAAGGCUCCAGGAGAAAAGCUGGGCAUCAGCAUCCGGGGUGGAGCAAAAGGUCAUGCUGGAAAUCCAUUUGAUCCUACUGACGAAGGCAUCUUCAUUUCUAAGGUGAGCUCCUCUGGGGCCGCGGCGCGGGACGGCCGUCUCAAGGUGGGGAUGCGGAUCCUGGAGGUGAACCAUCAGAGUUUGCUGGGGAUGACGCACACAGAAGCAGUGCAGAUACUCCGAAGUGUGGGCGAUGCUCUGCUGGUGCUGGUGUGUGAUGGCUUCGAUCCCAAGGCUGCAGCUGCCAUUGAGAUGUCUCCAGGAAUUAUUGCAAACCCUUUUGCUGCUGGCAUUGGACGCAAGAAUAGCCUGGAAAGUAUCUCAUCUAUUGACCGGGAUCUCAGCCCUGAGGAACUGGAGGUGCUGCAGAAGGAGAUGGAAAUGGUGAGAGAAGCGACUCAGUGGGAGAGAGAAGAAAUGGAGAAAGUGGAGUGGAUGCGUAGGGAGCGGGAGGCGGCCACGCGGCAGCUUGAGGAGGCGGCAGAGAAUGUCACGAGUGAACCUUUGCGAAUGGACUAUCGGACCCUGGCUGCUUUGCCCAGCAGUGGCUCACAGAGAGUCAAUCGCACUGUUCCUGAGUCGGGGACAGGAAAUUCGAGGCGAGAAACCCCCUAUUCUCCCAGUAACCAGCAGGUGAGGCUGCACGUAAGGCAGGCAAUGGGGAGAAGGCAGGUGUGCUUCCAGGGCAGAACUGGGCAGCAAGGCAGAGGGAGCUGAGGAUAAUUCCUUUAUUUGAGAGCCAUUCCUGUAUUUGAGAGUGAUACCUUUGUGGUGGAGAAAUCCCUUCUAGGAUGCAACUGGAGAACAAGGGAAGGAGCUCUUCUCUUUCAAAAUGUUUCUGAGACCCAGAAUUUAAUUAGCUGGUCAUAAACUCAGUGGAGAGCUACUGCUCUAAGGGUUAAUUUAAUUAUCAGAGUAAUUAACGAGCAGGGGAGUACCUAAGAUGACUACGAAGCGGUCGUUGCCUGUUUUGAGAAUGGCUUCACCAGUGCCUCAUGCAGACUGCGUUGAAUUCUGCACGUCAGAAGAAGUGGGGAAGUGAAGGUUUGCAGAAACCUCAGCUGUGUGAACCACUGCUGCUCGGCCUCCCCCUCUGCCCCCUGUUCUGUUGCUGGCUGUGCCAGCAGCUCACACGGGCUCUUCAGAAGAGAACCAAAGGAGCUGUGCACACACUUAUGGGCUCACCUCCCCCGAGGGACUGAUUUUCUGGAAGACUUAAGCCGCCUUUCUCUCUGAAUUUUUGAUUUUUAUCUUUCAAUUUUCUUGUAACUUCUGGUUUAUUUUCGUCAGCGUUCCCUAUUCUCACUGGCUCUUCUUAUUACACGUGCAAACUGUGAUCCUUUAUUUAAAAUCUCGUGAAGUUUUAGAUGUCAGUGUUCGCUCUAUGGCAGUGGGUUUCACAAAGCAGGUGAGCCUUUUGAAAUGAAAUACUCUGAAGUGGACGUUGACAUUUUCCCUUCGCGGACAUUAUGGGAUUGCAUUGUGAGCUGUAAUGAAGUGAAAAUUGUGCUGUGUGCUCUGUCCUCAGUUAUUUGCAUCCAUUGGGAGUGUGGCUGCUCUGCAGCUGUUGGGACCGAACAGCUCUGGCAGUGACCUGGUCUUUGGUUGAGCCAUUCCAGCAAUCUGAGCUUGACAAAAGUGAACUGCCUUUUUUGCUCAGUUAAUUUGGAACCAGCUCACUGAGGUGAAUUGCAUCAUCUUGGGGUGAGGUGACCGUUAACACUGACAGUAGUAAGAGUCAAGAACAAGAGUCAAAAGCAUAUGGCUGGGAGCAGUGGAUAGAACGCUGGAGCUGUCGUGAGCAGUAGUUCAGUCCAUCUUCUAUUGCUUCCUUAUGCUGUCUUGCAUCUCCUUCAGUUCCUAGAUCCUUAAAAUCAAGUGAGCUCCAGGGGCACAGGAAGACUGAGGGAAGGUACUGUUCGUUACGGUAAUGCAGUGUCAGUGCAUUCUCUUCCAGCUCCAUCCGUUUGCUUUUCUGGCAGCAGAUGUACACUCAGAGGUGUAUUUUGGGCUCUUUGCCUGUAAGUUUUCCUUUGACAACAAAUGCCAGCUUUCUUUGAGUUUAGGGUCCUUCCCAUCUAGAGGUAUUCUUGGGGUGAGGAUGGUACUCCUCGUUCUGCAAUGGACAGAGAUCUAGAUAUUCACUUACUUCACCCUUGAGCUCAGCUUUUGGAUGAAAAAAGUGCACAGGUCAGGGGUCUGGUCACCAAAUUCUGAACACCUCCAGGGAGGGAGAGCCCACAUCUUUCCAGGCAGCAGCUCCAAUGUGUGCCAACCCUCACUGUGAGAUUGCUGGUUUAUUACAAAAGCAAGUGUAGAGUC